GGGCCAAGACUAAGCGGUGCAAUCACCUGGCGGUUACGAGAACCACGGCUCCCUUCUAUUUAAAGACCCAAAGGAGCUCUUCAAAUCUUGUAAAGGCACUCACAACUCUUACCUUUUUCUCUCUCAAUGGAUCCCUACAAGUUCCGUCCCUCGAGCUCCUUCGACACCAACUUCACCACCACCAACGCCGGUGGGCCUGUGUGGAAUGAUGACGUGGCGCUCACUGUCGGAUCUAGAGGCCCGAUUUUACUGGAGGACUACCAUCUGAUCGAGAAGAUCGGGCACUUCGCCCGGGAGCGGAUCCCGGAGCGGGUGGUGCACGCGCGCGGCGCCAGCGCCAAGGGCUUCUUCGAGUGCACGCAUGACGUCACCAACCUCACCUGCGCCGACUUCCUCCGCGCCCCCGGCGUCCAGGUUCCGGUCAUCGUCCGCUUCUCCACCGUCAUCCACGAGCGCGGCAGCCCCGAAACCAUCCGCGACCCCCGCGGCUUCGCCGUCAAGUUCUACACCCGGGAGGGGAACUGGGACCUGCUCGGGAACAACUUCCCGGUGUUCUUCAUCCGCGACGGCAUCAAGUUCCCGGACGUGAUCCACGCCUUCAAGCCCAACCCCAAGUCCCACAUCCAGGAAUACUGGCGGGUGUUCGACUUCCUGUCGCACCACCCGGAGAGCCUCCACACCUUCUUCUUCCUCUUCGACGACGUCGGCGUUCCCACCAACUACCGCCACAUGGAGGGCUUCGGCGUCAACACCUACACCUUCAUCAACCGCGAAGGCAAAGUGAACUACGUCAAGUUCCACUGGAAGCCCACCUGCGGCGUCAAGUGCCUGCUCGAGGACGAGGCCAUCGUCGUCGGCGGGAAGAACCACAGCCACGCGACGCAGGACCUCUACGACUCCAUCGCCGCCGGAAACUACCCGGAGUGGAAGCUGUUCGUUCAGGUGAUGGAUCCGGACACGGAGGAAAAGUACGACUUCGAUCCGCUGGACGACACGAAGACGUGGCCGGAGGACCUGCUGCCGCUGCAGCCGGUGGGCAGGCUGGUGCUCAACCGGAACAUCGACAACUUCUUCGCGGAGAAUGAGCAGCUGGCCUUCGGGCCGGGCCUCGUCGUGCCGGGCAUCCACUACUCCGACGACAAGAUGCUGCAGUGCAGGGUGUUUGCCUACGCUGACACGCAGCGGUACCGGCUCGGCCCCAACUACCUGAUGCUGCCGGUGAACGCCCCCAAGUGCGCCCACCACAACAACCACUACGACGGACUCAUGAACUUCAUGCACAGGGAUGAAGAGGUGGAUUACUAUCCUUCCAGGCACUCUACGCUCCGGCAUGCAGAGAGAUUCCCAAUUCCAAACCGCAUAAUUACUGGCAGGCGUGAGAAGACUAUUAUUCCCAAGCAAAAUGAUUUCAAGCAACCUGGAGAGAGAUACCGCACCUGGGCACCUGACAGGCAAGAGCGUUUUGUCCAGCGAUGGGUAGAGGGACUAUCCCACCCCAAGGUCAGCCACGAGCUCCGCAGCAUCUGGGUCAACUAUCUGUCACAGUGCGAUGCGUCUCUGGGGCAGAAAGUGGGAAAUCGCCUCAACAUCAAACCGAACAUGUGAGGAGGAUGAUACAGAGACAUCAUGAACAGCACUUUGAGCAUGUGAAGCCAGGGGAGUGGAGAGACAGUCUUGCUUGUUCCAUUACGAAUAAUAUUACUGCUAGUUCCGUGUAAUCAGCCAAGCAUGUUUACUUGGCUUUAUUUGUACUAUGAAACAAAAUGAUCAUAAUAAUGUUUAUAUAA